UAGCUUGCAAGCAAACCUCAUCCACAAGGAGGCUGCUGACAUAAGAAGCACUUUGGCGCAUUUUCAGAGCAAAGCCUGCCUGAUAAAGCUCUUGUGACAGCCUGACUUACCAUUCUAGUGCCCUGCCCCUGCUCUAAGCAGCUCCUGUAUUGGAACCACAGCGUUCCAAAUUAAACUGCGGAGUUCACAGACUUACCAUCCUCUUCACCUGCAGUGGCGUCUCUGCUGUGUAUGAGGGUUUUACUCUGGAUUGUAAAAACUAGAAUUCCACACAGACAUGACAGCAAAGAAUUCUUCUGAGUCUGAGGUUUGUAUAAAGACUUUCAAGGAGCAAAUGCGCUUAGAACUUGAGCUUCCAAGACUCCCAGGAAACAGACCUACAUCUCCCAAAAUCUCACCACGCACUUCGCCAAGGAACUCACCAUGCUUUUUCAGAAAGUUGCUGGUGAAUAAAAGCAUCCGUCAGCGCCGUCGUUUCACCGUGGCUCAUACAUGCUUUGAUGUGGAAAAUGGCCCUUCUCCAGGUCGGAGCCCACUGGACCCCCAGGCCAGCUCUUCCUCUGGAUUGGUGCUUCAUGCCACCUUUCCUGGGCACAGCCAACGCAGGGAGUCCUUCCUCUACAGAUCCGACAGUGACUAUGACUUGUCUCCAAAAGCAAUGUCCAGAAACUCAUCACUUCCAAGUGAGCAACAUGGCGAUGACUUGAUUGUCACUCCUUUUGCCCAGGUUCUUGCCAGUUUGAGAAGUGUAAGGAACAACUUCACUCUGCUGACAAACCUUCAGGGAGCACCCAACAAGAGGUCCCCAGCAACUAGCCAGGCUCCCAUCUCCAGAGUCAGCCUGCAAGAAGAGUCUUAUCAGAAGCUAGCGAUGGAGACGCUGGAGGAACUAGACUGGUGCCUGGACCAGCUAGAGACCAUCCAGACCUACCGUUCGGUCAGCGAGAUGGCUUCGAAUAAGUUUAAAAGAAUGCUGAGCAGGGAGCUGACACAUCUCUCAGAGAUGAGCCGAUCAGGGAACCAGGUGUCUGAAUACAUUUCAAAUACUUUCUUAGACAAGCAGAAUGAUGUGGAGAUCCCAGCCCCCACCCCAAAGGACAGGGAGAAGAAGAAGAAGCAGCUCAUGACACAGAUAAGUGGGGUGAAGAAGCUCAUGCACAGCUCGAGCCUGAACAACACCAGCAUCUCCCGCUUUGGAGUCAGCACGGAAAAUGAAGAUCACCUGGCCAAGGAGCUGGAAGACCUGAAUAAAUGGGGUCUUAACAUUUUCAAUGUUGCGGGAUAUUCACAUAAUCGGCCCCUCACAUGCAUCAUGUAUGCCAUAUUCCAGGAAAGAGACCUUCUAAAGACAUUCAAAAUCUCAUCUGACACAUUUGUCACCUACAUGAUGACUUUAGAAGACCAUUACCAUUCUGAUGUGGCUUACCAUAAUAGCCUGCAUGCUGCUGAUGUGGCUCAGUCAACCCAUGUUCUUCUUUCUACACCAGCAUUAGAUGCUGUCUUCACUGAUUUGGAAAUCCUGGCUGCCAUUUUUGCAGCUGCUAUCCAUGAUGUUGAUCAUCCUGGAGUCUCCAAUCAGUUUCUCAUCAACACAAAUUCAGAACUUGCUCUGAUGUAUAAUGAUGAGUCUGUAUUGGAAAACCAUCACCUUGCUGUGGGUUUCAAACUGCUACAAGAAGAACACUGUGACAUCUUCCAAAGUCUUACCAAGAAGCAACGUCAGACACUCCGGAAAAUGGUGAUUGACAUGGUGUUAGCAACUGACAUGUCCAAGCAUAUGAGUCUUCUGGCAGACCUAAAGACGAUGGUAGAAACCAAGAAGGUGACCAGCUCAGGUGUUCUCCUCCUGGACAACUAUACUGACCGUAUACAGGUUCUUCGCAACAUGGUACACUGUGCAGACCUGAGUAAUCCCACCAAGUCCUUGGAAUUGUAUCGGCAAUGGACUGAUCGCAUCAUGGAAGAAUUUUUCCAACAAGGAGACAAAGAACGGGAGAGAGGAAUGGAGAUUAGUCCAAUGUGUGAUAAACACACAGCUUCUGUGGAAAAAUCUCAGGUUGGUUUCAUUGACUACAUUGUCCAUCCACUGUGGGAGACCUGGGCAGAUCUGGUACAGCCUGAUGCUCAAGACAUUCUGGAUACAUUAGAAGAUAACAGGAACUGGUAUCAGAGCAUGAUACCCCAGAGUCCCUCCCCACCAUUGGAUGAGAGGAACAGAGACUGCCAGGGUCUGAUGGAGAAGUUUCAGUUUGAACUUACCCUUGAAGAGGAAGAUUGUGAAGGACCAGAAAAGGAGGGAGAGGGCCACAGCUAUUUCAGCAACACAAAGACACUUUGUGUGAUUGAUCCAGAAAGCAGGGGUUCCCUAGGAAAGACUGACAUAAACAUCACAACAGAAGAUAAGUCCCCAAUCAACACAUAAGUUUCCUCUAUGUGGAGAUAAACACUGUACCCUUGACAAGCAUGCCAGCUGAGUAUUAGGGCCAGCCUGCCAUGAAGGUCAAAACCUGCACAGGACGAAGGCCACUUGGCCUUUCCAGUUACUUGAGUUUGGAGCCAGAAGGCCAUGAAGCAAACAGCAGUUCAGGAAGUCCCACUGUUGAUUUGCCUUGCCUUGGCAGAGAGCUGAAGCUUUACAUGGUAUCAUGGACUCUAUGUCUAUGUCUAAAUGGCUUGAAAAAAGAAGAAACAGAGAUUUCUCUACACUAAGUUUUGGGAACCUGUCCCAACUAGUGACUGAACUCACUGAUAAUGUCACUUAUAAAUCUUCUCACCUGUCCCCUUGUCUGCCAACCUGUGUGCCUUUUUUGUAAAACAUUUUCAUGUCUUUAAAAUGCCCAUUGCAUACAGGAACUUUUUUUGAGUGUAUCUUGGGAAAAAAAAAAACAAACAAAA